UCGACCGCGCGGCACGCCGCCCGUCCGCCCAUUACCGGCGCGGAGCCGCCCGCAGCGGGCUCGGGGCGGACCAUGCGCCCGCCGACUCCGCCGCCAGCCCGCUGGCUAUGCGUGUUGGCCGGCGCCCUCGCCUGCGCCCUCGGGCCCACGGGCAGCUGGGCAGCUGGGCUGCAGCGGGAGGAGUGUGACUAUCUGCAGAUGAUCGAGGUACAGCACAAGCAGUGCCUGGAGGAGGCCCAGCUGGAGAACGAAACAGCAGGCUGCAGCAAGAUGUGGGACAACCUCACCUGCUGGCCGGCCACCCCUCGGGGCCAGGUGGUCGUCUUGGCCUGCCCUGUCAUCUUUAAGAUCUUCUCCCCCAUUCAAGGCCGCAACGUGAGCCGCAGCUGCACCGACGAGGGCUGGACCCCCCUGGAGCCUGGCCCCUACUCCCUUGCCUGUGGCUUGGAUGACAAGGCAUCGGGUUUGGACGAGCAGCAGCAGACAGUGUUCUACAAUUCUGUGAAGACCGGCUACACCAUCGGCUACAGCCUGUCCCUCGCUGCCCUUCUGGUCGCCACAGCCAUCUUGAGCCUGUUCAGGAAACUCCACUGCACGCGGAACUACAUCCACAUGCACCUCUUCAUAUCCUUCAUCCUGAGGGCUGCCGCGGUCUUCAUCAAAGACUUGGCCCUCUUCCACAGCGGGGAGUCGGAUCACUGCUCUGAGGGCUCGGUGGGUUGUAAGGCAGCCGUGGUCUUGUUCCAGUACUGUGUCAUGGCCAACUUCUUCUGGCUGCUGGUGGAGGGCCUCUACCUGCACACCCUGCUGGCCGUCUCCUUCUUCUCCGAGCGGAAAUACUUCUGGGGGUACAUACUCAUCGGCUGGGGGGUGCCCAGCACAUUCAUCAUGGUGUGGACCAUCAUCAGGAUCCAUUUUGAGGAUUAUGGAUGCUGGGACACCAUCAACUCCUCAUUGUGGUGGAUCAUAAAGGCCCCCAUCCUCACCUCCAUCUUGGUGAACUUCAUCCUAUUUAUACGCAUCAUCCGAAUCCUGGUUCAGAAACUGCGGCCCCCAGAUGUCGGGAAGAGUGACAGCAGCCCAUAUUCGAGGCUGGCCAAGUCCACCCUUCUGCUGAUCCCCCUGUUUGGAGUGCACUACAUCAUGUUCGCCUUCUUCCCCGACAACUUUAAGGCUGAAGUGAAAAUGGUCUUUGAGCUCGUCGUGGGGUCUUUCCAGGGUUUUGUGGUGGCCAUCCUCUACUGCUUCCUCAAUGGCGAGGUGCAGGCGGAGCUGCGGCGGAAGUGGCGGCGCUGGCACCUGCAGGGCGUCUUGGGCUCGGACCCCAAAUACCACCACCCGUCAGGAGGCAGCAACGGGGCCACAUGCAGCACGCAGGUCUCCAUGCUGACCCGCGUCAGCCCGGGCGCGCGCCGCUCCUCCAGCUUCCAGGCCGAAGUCUCCCUGGUGUGACCUCCAGGCGCCAGGGGCCCAGGGCGGCCCCUCCCGCCCGCACCCCCACUCCGGGCGGCACCGGGGGCAGAGGUCUGCCCGGGCGAGGCCAGCCCCAACCCUGGGCUCGGAGGCUGCCCAGACCCCCAGGUCACUGUCCAGACGCCCCUGGAGAACGCUGCCCUUGCGCCUGCCUGGGGAAAGGAGGGUGCAUAGAUCGGGGAGCUGGUUCUCUGCAAGUUGGAGCGCUGGGAGCUCCUACCGUGGAGGAUGUGGGGUGGAGCUCAGUCAUCAGACUCCUCCUCUAAAGGCCUCCUCCGCCAAUCAAGGGCAAGACGUCCGCAUACUCUCACCUGACUCCGUCCUCUGGUAGCUCUCCUGACCCAGGGGAGGAAGGCAACCGCGCAUCCCCAAACAAUGCGGGAACAAGGUGUGAUCUGAAGGGACAAAGGUCUUGCCCCGAAAGGUCACGCGCCACCACCACCUAGACAGUGCCUGAAGUUCCACCAUUGCCGUCAAGUUCCUUUGGGUUAAGCAUUGCCAUUCAGGCAUCUCUCCGAAGAUGCAGUCUCCGCGCCCCAGUGCCCUCCUCUUAGCUGCCAGCUCUU